AUGUCGGAUGAGGUGGUGUUGUUGGAUUUCAAUCUCAGUAUGUUUGGUAUAAGAGUUAGGAUUGCACUGGCGGAGAAAGGAAUCAAGUAUGAACACAAGGAAGAGGAUCUGGUGAACACCAAGAGUGCUCUGCUUCUACAAAUGAACCCCAUUCAUAAGAAAAUCCCUGUCCUUAUCCAUAAUGGGAAACCAAUUUGUGAAUCCCUCAUUAUUGUUGAGUAUAUUGAUGAGGUUUGGAAGGACAAAACUCCAUUGUUGCCCACUGAUCCAUACCAAAGAGCUCAAGCCAGGUUUUGGGCUGAUUUUGUUGAUAAGAAGGUGCAUGAAGUUGCAAAGAAGAUAUGGACUGGGAAGGUAGGUGAGCAUGAAAAAGACAAGGAGGAGUUAAUAGUGAAUUUGAAGCAAUUGGAGGAGGUUCUUGGGGAUAAGCCUUAUUUUGGGGGUGACACAUUUGGGUUUCUUGAUGUUGCUUUCAUCCCUUUCCAUAAAUGGUUUUAUAGUUAUGAGACGGUAGGAGAAUUGAAGGUGGAUUGCCCAAAACUCAAUGCAUGGGCAAAGAGAUGUUUGCAGAGAGAAAGUGUGUCCAAAUACCUUUCUGAUGAAAAGGAGGUCUAUGAGUUUGUUCUUAGCUAUAGAAAAAAAAUUGGGGUGGACUAA